CAUUCACUCUGAGCUCAUCACAGUCCACGCACACAGCGACACUGACACUCUCGAAGCCCGUCUGUUCUUCACCGUUCCUGCUUCUCUUUCUGCGGGAAAGAGGGAAAUCCUCUUUUUCUCUCCGUUUCACCUUUCCGCGGGCAUGCAUCAGCACGGUGGCGGGCACCGGGAGGGCUGUUGGAGUCGCGCGUGGAUAAAUGCUUGCAGAUGCACUGUAUAUUUAUUUCUACUAUUAAGCCUGGAGCGGAGCACCGUGCACUCAGCACAUACGGAUGAAUCGGACACUUUUGCGUUUUUCCACGAGGGAGCGCAGGGCUGCCUGGGGGUACGAGAUCACAUGCUCUACCUCGCUUCUUCCUGCAAGGGUGACGCCCAGCUGUGGAAAUGGGUGACCAGGGGGCGGCUCUUCAACAUUGGCUCCUCCCUCUGCCUGGGCAUCACCACGGGCAACGUGAGCACAUUUGGCGACAAGUCACCACUGGGCGUGUUUCGCUGCGACUACGAGCCUCCGCGAGUGCGCUGGACCUGGAGCUGCAGCAAGUUCUUGGAGAUACUUGAGAAUUACUUGCCCUCCCCUAAAUUACUCCUCAACACCGGCAAUGUCUCGGCCGCCGGCUCCCCGCCUGCAAGAUCCCCCUCCCAAAAGUCUCUGUGGCGAGUCUAUGACAAUCAAGACCUUUGCGCCAAGUCAUACCGAGAAAUCUACACCAUCCAAGGAAACUCUCACGGCAGCCCAUGCUACUUCCCCUUCCUGUACGAUGGCCAGUGGUUCCACAGCUGCACCAGCGUGGGCAGGGAGGAUGGCUUUAACUGGUGUGCCACUACUCAUGAUUACGGAAAGGACCAACGCUGGGGCUUCUGCCCAGUGAAGAGUACUGACUGUGAGACGUUUUGGGACAUAAACCCUUUGAUGGAUAACUGUUACCAGUUUAACUUUCAGGCCACGCUGUCCUGGAGUGAAGCACGGACCAGCUGCCAACAGCAGGGAGCGGACCUGCUCAGCAUCACUAAAGUAGAGGAACAAAUCUUUAUCAAUGGUUUGCUAACUGGGUACAGCGCCACCCUGUGGAUGGGCCUGAAUGAUUUAGAUCUCAAUGGAGGCUGGCAGUGGGCUGACUCCGCCCCUCUCAAAUAUCUAAACUGGGAAACAGAAAUGCCAAGCUAUGACGAGGAGGAAAACUGUGGAGUGAUCAGCACCGAUGCUCAGGGUCGCUGGCACAACCGGGACUGUUCAGUGGCUCUGCCUUACAUUUGCAAGAAACGGCCCAAUGCCACACUCGACCCCUUCACCACAGACUCCUGGGCAGAUGAUGGGCGGUACCAGUGUGAUGUAGGCUGGCAAAACUUCCAGGCGGGCUGCUAUAGGUUGAACUCAGACAACCUGGACUGGAGCUCUGCCCACAAAAUGUGUCAAAAGAUGGAGGCUAACCUCGUUAGUGUCCACACCCUCCCAGAGCUUGAAUUCAUCACUAAGCAUAUGAAGAAAGAUAUAGAGGAGUUAUGGAUUGGUCUACAUGAUACAGCUAUGCAGAUGAACUUUGAAUGGACGGAUCGCACUCCAGUCAUCUUCACUUACUGGCAUCCAUUUGAGCCCAACAAUUUUCGAAAUGUAAAUGAGGAUUGUGUCACCAUCUGGGGGCCUGAGGGCCGCUGGAACGAUAGUCCAUGUAAUUACUCGCUGCCCUCGAUCUGUAAGAAACCAGCACAGAAGUCUGACGAUCGGAUAGAGGACCACGGCUGCAAACGGGGUUGGAGAUGGCACAGUCCUUCCUGCUUCAAGGUUGGAGAAGAAUCUCUAACCUUUAAUGAUGCAAAAGGAAUGUGCGCUAGCAACAAUGCCACACUCGCCAUUAUUAAUAACAGGUUUGAGCAGGCCUUUGUGAGCAGCCUGGUGUUUGGACGAUCUGCUGAUCAGUUCUGGCUCGGCUUGUAUAAUGAGAACAGCACCGGCACGUUCCGCUGGAUAACGGGAGAGGAGCUCACAUACACCAACUGGAACAGAGACCAGCCAGCACAGAUAAAGGGAGGCUGUGUGGUGAUGGUGGCGGGGCAGGCCAUGGGUCUGUGGGAGGUGAAGGACUGUGCCAGUGUCCGCUCCAAAUACAUUUGCAAACAGAAUCAGGACUCUCUCAUCCCCAGCCCCCCUGUUCCUCAGCCCACGCCCUCCCUAACAGGAUCAUGCCCAUCGGGAUGGAAAAGCACCAAUAAGUUCCACUACUGCUACAAGGUCUUUCAUGCAGGUGCACUGGAGAAGAGACUGACUUGGAUUCAAGCUCACAAGUUCUGCCAGAAACAUGGAGCUCAGCUCGCCAGCUUCAGCACGCCAGAGGAAGAGACCUAUGUCUUCCAGAUCCUCCAUGAGGCCUUCGGGGAGGCCGAGGAUCAUGAGCAGCACUGGCUGUGGAUCGGAAUUUCCUGCAGAAAUAGUGACAGCUGGACAUGGAGUGACGGAUCAGCAGUGUCCUAUCAGAACUUUGGCAGGGGGAAUUAUGGGUCUGCUGAGUGUGGAGCAGCUAACAUGGCUGACACCAACUGGCUGGUAUCACACUGCGAGUCUGAGCUGGACUGGAUCUGCAAAAUAUCGAAAGGGAAGGUGGAAGAGGAACCUGAGAGCCAUGAAGACACUGGUUUAGAGUGGGUCGAUUUUGAGGAGGCCCAGUAUAAAAUGUUUGAACAUCGCUCCACGUGGGACCAGGCUCAGAGGAUCUGCUCCUGGUUCGACGCCUCCCUGGUCUCCAUGCACUCUCCUAAGGAGAACCAGUUUUUGGUUAGCACUUUACGCAAGAUGUCCCGCAAAGAAAAUGACCUGUGGUGGAUUGGCUUGCACAGUUUGAAGAACGAUGGGAGAUUAAGGUGGUCUGAUCAUUCUGUGCUCAAUCAUGUGUCCUGGGGACUAGGACAGCCUCGACCAAUCAGCAAAGAGCCCAAAUGUGUCCAAAUCUCCGCCUCAAAAGGUGACUGGUCAGACCAGAGGUGUCACGUCGAUCUUCCAUAUGUGUGUAAGAGGGUGAAUGUGACGGGUACCAUCCCUCCCACGCCUGCUCCUCCUCUCAUACCUGCCGGCUGCCCCCAGGGCUGGAUGCCUUUUCUGCACAAGUGUUAUAAGGUGUUUGGAGAAGAGCUGUCGAGUCGUAGCACUUGGGAAUCUGCCUCCAAGACGUGUCUGACACAUAGAGCCACGCUAGUGACAGUGCCAAACCACCGAGUUCAGGCGUUCCUUGUGACUCUGCUGCCCAACAGCAGUUUCCAUGUGUGGGUGGGGCUUACUUCAGAAUCACAGGCUCAGUUCAGGUGGUUUGAACCUGGGUUCCUUAGCUAUACUAACUGGGCCCCUGGAGAACCAGUGGACAACAGACAAAUGAAAAGCCCGGGUAACUGCAUAGUGCUUCUCCAUGGUAGUCCUCCCCGGAUGAUGGGCAUGUGGGCGUCUCGCAGGUGUGAUGCAGAGAAACACGGCUUCAUCUGUAUGAAGGAUAAAGACCCUGCCUUGCCCCCUGGCGUGGACCCUCUUCCCCCAUUAUUAGAUGGCCCAUUAGAAUUUGAUGGCGUGCAGUACCGGAUCUUGCAGAAGCCUCUGGACUGGUACACAGCUGUGCAGGUGUGUGAAUCCAUUAACGGAAUGCUGGCAGCGGUGCGGGUUCCUCGGCAGCAUGCCUACCUCACCCUCCUCCUCAGCACGCUCCACAAAUCCGCCUGGAUCGGGCUACACAACGACGGGGCUCGGAGCUACACGUGGUUGGGUGAAGAGGAGCUCAAAUUCAGUGACUGGCGGGAUGGAGAGCCUAAUCAAAUGUAUGGAUGUGGUCACAUGACCAUUGAAGGCCAGUGGACUGUGGCUGCUUGUAAUACAAAAUUAAAUGCUGCCAUCUGUGAAAUUAACACGGAGAGAACGAUAGAACACAGGUGGAUGUAUCCAGGUUUUUGCCCACAUCCUGUAGGUAAUUGGUCCUGGGUUCCUUUCAGAAAUCACUGCUACUCAUUCAUCCUCCACGAGCUACAAUUUAAACACGAGGCCAUACGCAUGUGUAACAAAGUGGGAGCUAAGCUGUUGUCAAUAUUAGAUGAAAACGAGAACAGUUUUGUAUGGGAGCACAUGCAGAGUUUUCAACAACAGGCCCACGGCGCUUGGCUUGGAAUGAUCUUUAACUCCAAAGAAGGCAGUCUGGAGUGGUCAGACAGUCAAGUAGUGGACUACAGUAACUGGGAGCAGCAGGACGCUAAUCUGAGCAUGCUGUCCGCCAACAGCUGCUUCUGGGUUCAGAGCAACACGGGCCUCUGGAGGCCGGGGUCCUGCAAAAACCGCACACAUGGAGUCAUCUGUAAACGACCACGAGGAGCCACAGCAGAGCCUGUAGUUCAUUCCGAGGUCGACCAUCUCCAUGUAUUGAUUCAGGUCCUGGUUGCAGCCCUCGUUCUGAUUGCUCUGGUGGUGGGAGGGAUUUAUCUGUAUCGUAGGCGGAGCUUCGGCUCCAUGGGCGCCUAUGAGAGCGCUCGGUACAGCCGCACUAACCCCGCCCCCUCCGAAGAAGCUGAAAAAAACAUUCUGGUUUCAGACAUGGAGUUAAACGAGCAGGGCGAAUAAUGCUGGAUACGUUCAAAACACCUAGGAAAACAAAUCUGCUAUGGCAGCAACUGACUGAGAGAAUUUACGUUUAAGAAAAAAAAAAAAGAGCUGCGGUUUUGUUUUUGUGUUUAUUUUUUCCAGAGACAUUGAGAGAGCUGCGUAGAGCGCAGCAGACGAUCAACCAAAAUCAACAGAGACAAAACUCUGUCAAAUCCAUCUAAGCCUGUCAACCAAUCAAAUUCCACCAUCUCAGAGGAGCUGUUUAGAUUGGCUAGUGUGGAAGAUUAUUUUUUUGUUUGUCUUUAUCCGGUUAUGGAAAUCCAGUUUAUAUGCAUAUUUUUUCAUGUCCUUUAUGUCAUAGUUAUUCUUUAGUGCCAAAAGGGAACAAAGUCCCCCCCGCCCCCCCAGAUAAAAUCACAUUGACUUGAACUUCCAUUAAACUUCCAGACUAUAAGAGCACACAAUCACACGAACUACAAGGUAACACCACAGCAGUAUUUUUUUUUUCAGACUUUUUAAAGUUAUUUGUUGUGACUUUUUUGUUGCUGUUUUUUUACAUUUGUGCAGCUGAAUUUGAUGCUCUCUGAGUCAGAAUUCAGGUCCCCCAUGGAUCAAUCUGAAAAUUAUAAUCAUAAUAAUUACACAUCAGAUGAAACGAUGGGAUGUUUGAAGUUCAGUGGUGCUGAACCAAAAAAAAACAAAAAGACUGCGGACAGAAAUAGACAGAUGAAAGAAAGUGCAUGAGAAUGAGCCUGUCACAAGCAGUGUAGUAUCUCUCUCUCUAAUCACAUGCUGGACACAGAGCUGCCCAACAGGAAGUCUGACCUCACUGUAACGGUUUGCUUGACCUCAGCCGCUACAAUGAGCUCAUGUAAAAGCUGAAUCCAAACAGUACAGGGAAUGAAUCUUAAACUUUGUUCUUUUAUCUCUACUUUGUCUUUCUUUUCAGCUCUUAACUUUUCCCCAUUUUCUUGCCUUCCUUUUUGUGGAGCAGAUCUGGAACCAAUCAGGACACAGGAGCGACGAGGGCAAGGCAGGAGAGAGAGAGAGAAUAGUGAAAGUUGAAUGGGUUUUUCAGAAAGGGUUAAGCGAGGAGAAGAUGGGGAGAAGGAGACAGUAAGAGGCAGGACUUACAAGAGAAAGGGACGUUAGGUGAGCAGGAGUUACGGGAAGUGCUGGCGACUGAAAGGGGAGUUACGUUACUGCUCUCUGCUGGAUAUUUGCACAAAUAGCUUAUCUAGGAGCGUUUUUAGUGCUGUGGAUAGGUUGGCCAAAGAAAUCAAGUCUAAAUGUUGUUACAAAUGGGUCCAGUUGUAUAGAUUGUUGCCGUUACAUUCUUUAUACUAUAAAAUAAUAU